CCUCAACUCUCACAUUUCCCACCUUUUCCUAGCCACUGAUGGCUUCUUCGCGCGCCUACAUCCCUUCUGCUUCCAUUCUCCGCGCCCUUUCCCGUCCACGCCCUAUCCCAUGCCCCUUUUCGCAACGCCUAUCGCUCCAGACCGUCCGUGGCGCCGCCCGCAGAAAGAAGCCGAAGAAACCUCAAGAUAUCAUACCAAAAGAUGAGAACAUCUAUGCUGACCAGUUGGGGAAGACCAUCAGCGCAAUCGAGUUCUACGAGCAGGACCUCGACGAAGGCACAGCACCCAAGCUCGUCAAGAGGAUUUCGACCCGGGAGCAAGCCAUGGACGAAGAGAAGAAGUGGAGAAUGGCUCUCGAGGACGCCACCAACCCCGACUACGACGACACCGAACUCAGAAAACAGAUUCUCGACGACAUGCUGGCAGACCCCACCUACGACGAGAUCAAAGACUACAUGAUAUACUUGAGGGCGAAGCUGGAGGGGCGGGAAAACGAGACGGCAUAUGGGCAGGAACUGCAGAAGAUUACGAAGACGGAAGAUGAGAUCGAAGCCGAACAAAUGUGGUCUCGGGUCGCCGUGGCCCUCCACGAGAGCGCCCAGAAGUACAUCGACAACCCCGAAUAUGCCUCGGCCCGCAAGGAGCUCGAGGAUUUCCAAGCCAAACUGGUCAACCUCGAGAAGGGGAACGUUGGUUUCGAGGAGUCUAUAGAACGCCUGAACGCCAAACUUCAACAGAUUCCUGCAGCCCAAAAACAACUAGAGGAGGUGAAGAAGGAGCUUCCCCCGGAAUGGCUGUCUGACGAAUGGUUGGACAAGCUGAGUGAGAGCGAAGAGGCUGAAGAAGACCUGGACGAAGCCGAUCCCAUCGAUCAGUUCAAGAUUGACAUGCUUCUCAUGCAGAUGCAGGAGAUUAUGGCCGCAAUGGGAAAUAAGGAGAUGGUCAAAGAGAUCCAGACUGUUUUGGACGACAAGCCAAGCCUAGACCCCGAGGAUAACGCCGACGAAUUCGAAGAGAAGCAGGGUUUCGACGUCAACGAACUCAAGGCUCGUGUCGCGUCUCUCAAGCAAAGUACUCCGGAUAUGAAGCCCGAUCCAAAGGCCGAUGCCGUCGUGGAGAGCAUGCUUGCCGAUCCCUACAUUCUGGACAAGCUCGCCGCCAUCAAACACCACAUUGUGAAGCAGAAGGCCUACGAACCUCCCAGCGCUCCCGAUCCCGAGACCCUAGACAAGUCCCGGCUUACGACGUACAAGCAGCGACUCCGCAUGGUUGAGAACGACCCCGAGCAUCUGGAAGCCCUUGAGCAGUUGCGUGUCGACCUCCCGCCCCCGUUCAAUGCUCAUCCCGCUUUGAAGUCCCUCAAUCAGGCCCUCAAGUUAGCGUACCUCGGAGCGAGCGACGAUGUUCGACGUAUUCUCUGGCGCUCGUACAUGAGAGCCCGCGAGGUACCCACGCUACUGCAGAACAUACCCGAUGAUGCAUGGGACAUUCUGUGGUACUCGCAAGCAGUCAACUGGGCGUCCAACCAGAACAGAGAUGCCCACCUUAAGCUCCUGAUGGCCGAUCUGCGGACCGUGGAUAAGGAAGGUCCGCCCACACCGCCGGAUGCACUCCCGGUUUAGAGCACAUGAGUUAUGACCACUUUGUACAGUAUAUGUAGUAACAAUAUGAUACCCC